AUGCAUCGUCAUAAGAGGAGUCAAGUGCAUAAUUCUCCAACUAACAGAACGCAUUUCUCGAAACCUAAUUACCGGCGCAAUCAGGCCGCCUUAAACGCCAACAUGGAUCGUCAUAAGAGGAAUCCAAUGCAUAAUUCCUCAACUAACAGAACGCAUUUCUCGAAACCUAAUUACCGGCGCAAUCAGUUUUCCGAGCCUAAACAUCAAUAUCGUCAAGCAAAUUUUCCUUCAAAGAUUUUUCGAAGCGGUCGCUAUCGGAGGAUUCCGAAACCAAGAACAACAGCAGACAAUACAGAUACAAGAGCAAGUCAAAUCAACCCGGCAUACAAAGUGAAUCCUUUCCAAUCAAAGUCAGAGUUACAGCUUGGAGAAACGGAGUCCUGGGAACUUACCUACAGCUGGUCAACCGCACCUUGGACCAGUUUGGAACCCUCGUUUAGGCGCAAUCCAACGGACAAGUGA